AUGUCGCGACCUACUGUCUCGAAAGCUAAGACAAGCUACCCCAUCUUCGCGGCCACUUUUGCCAGCAAUAGGCCCGGGAUCCUCGUAGUAGGCGGUGGCGGAGGGGCCGGGCGUACUGGAGUCAAGAACCAAAUCACUGCAUUCGACUUUAGCUCACGAGCGCCGACCGUAGAAGCCAUUGGCGAGAUCGAGGCAAGCAAAGAUGACUCGAUCACCUGUUUGGAGAACCUUUCCACCAAGGAUGGCCUGAUUCUGUUCGCGGGUAACAACAGUAGCGAGGAAGACCGCUUGGCUGCGCGGAACGAACACUUGCGCGCCUUUGAACUCCGCUUUCCUAAGAAUAAGGGGGCCAGCAGCGGUGCGGAGAAGGAGGAUGGCAACAUAGAGUUUCUCAGCAAGACGACGCUUUUUACAACCCCGCAAUCAGUUGGCGCGAAAAAGGAAGGGUAUCAACGAAUAAUCCGAUUGUCACCGCCGCAAAGAACGACGACCAACACACCAAAUAGGCGGAUCGGCGCAAUUGCUUCCGGACUUGCAGGCGAUGAGAAUGAGGUUGUAGUCUUCAACGCAACAUCCACCAAGCCAUCGAACCAAGACGUAAUAGAACGCAUUAAGCUGCACAAAGGCCAAGAAGCAAACGAUCUCGACAUCUUCACACAAGAGGAGGGGCGAUUCCGGGUAGCCUAUGUGACGGAUUAUGAAGUUUUUGUGCAGGAGGUUCGCUACGAUUUUGAACAACGAAAGACAAAAGGCAAAAAUGAACAUCGGAAGGUUUACACAUUACCCCUCGUAGAAAAGGGUGCGAGAAGCAAGUUAAGAGGUGUACGAUGGCUUUCGCCAAAGCAUCUGCUUCUGCUCGCGAACAAGCCUAACAGGAGCGGGGUCGAGUUGCUGUUGUUCCACUUUUACCAGGACGGGGGCAGUAUUGCUUUACGAAAGGCGUUACCGAAGCACGUGAAGGCGGCGACUGACAUGGACGUCGCUCUCCUUGACGCGGAUGAUCAAGGCGCCUAUCAGAUUGCUAUUGCUAUAGCGGCGAUUGACAUGUCCUUGACGGUUUACACGAUGGAUUACCAUGGCCCAUCGAGAGACUCAUUGAGUGCUUUCCACUCUUUCAACAGUUACGACAAUGUUCACGAUUUCCAAAUGACCAAAGUCGUAUUUUCACCGUUCCACAAGCCAGAGGCCUCUAAAGGCCGCCCAGCAACCCCAUACCUUCGUCUGGCGAGUACCAGUCUGGGCAAUACGAUCAGCGUGGAAACCUUCCCGCUACAAAAUAUCGGAUCGCGCCAUGUCCUGCAGACAGCCCAGUCGAGAAACUUGUUUACAGCGGCGACGUACCUCGUCACAGCUAUGGUUGUCGCAGUCCUAGCGCUUUUGAUACAGUCACUCGUGGAUCCAGAAGGUAACCUGACAAAGGGCAUACUCCCUGCCAGUCUACAAAAUGCAGCCGGUCAACACAAGACAUUCGGUGAAACCCUGCGGGAGAAACGUCACCAAUCUGUCCUCAACAAUGCAGACUCGCCAGUUGUGAAGACGUCGCACCGCAUCGCCGAUCUAUUGCAUAUUCACCUGCCUCAUGUCUUGUCCGGCGAGACAGCAUCAGCAGAUAUCCCAUCUGAGCCAAAAGCUCUGGUAGUUCAUCACGAUUCUGAAUCAGAUGGCGCCCUCAGCACAGAAGUGCAUGAGGGAGACGAGGAAGUUUUGAAGAAGCACGCCGCGGCGAGGAGGUGGGAUGAGCUGAGCAAGGAGGAGAAGCAUAUCUGGCGCGAAAAGCUAAGUGAGGCAGGCAUGUGGGCGGUAGGAGAAGGUGAAACCAUUCUGAAGUCUAUCUUCUUUGGGCAGCUAGGUGGACUGGUUGGGCAGGCCGCGCAGGGCGUCUUGGGCGGUUAG